AUGCGGCAACGCCGACUGGCCAAACUGGCCGCCGCGGGCGGAGCUACUGGUUCUCCCUCCUCGCCUACACCGAGCGAUCGAGCCGAGUCACCACGGAACCAAACCGAGAACGAGAACGCCGCAGCCUCUUCGAGCUCGCUGGCCCAACCAGUCACAAAGAUUAAUACCCCAAGUACGGCCGGAUCGAGUGGAGGGAAUCCAUUCAACCAGCUAGGCGUCAAGAAGAAGCCGGAAAAUGGAGCUGGUGCGCCACCGCCCAAGAAGGUUCAGGUCUCGAAGGAGGAGACGCUUGAAGACUGGUCAGACAGGACCCUCAGCGAUAUUUUCCGGGUGACUGUGAAUCAGGAUCGCUCCACAGACAGCCGCGGCUCUCAGCUAAUUUCCCUACCUGAGCUCAGGGCUGACCUGGAGGAAUCUGGGGAACCGUUGAAGCUGUCGGCAUCCUCGCUAGACUCGGCUCUGCUCGAGGCAGCGAGGCACGUACCAACUAACAUGGCUCUGCUGGAUUACUUCCUUCCCUGCUGGAAGAGGAUACUGAGAGCGCUCAAGGCUGCGCGGAAGCCAACACCAGAGCGGGAGGAGGUUCUCAGGGAAGCCAAGCGAUUGUGUAUGAGCAACAGCAUCUUUGCUCUUACGAUGCCGGAAUAUUUUGGCCGUGAUGCCAACCCAGCGCAUGACUCUCUUGCGCCAUUCCUCCUGCGGAACCAUGAGAACGACGAUGGCAUUUGCCUCGACUUCUUUGAGGAGGCCGUUUCCCGGAUACCAGAGGACGACACCAUUGAGCCCGUAUUCACGGAGGCCAUGGUACAGCUGAGCCAAAGACUCGCGACAAUGACGAUGAAUGAUGACUAUAAGCCGUACAUCAAUUGUCUCAUCACGUAUUCCAAGUUUCCACCACUACUAGAUGCUCUCGCCAGACAUCCUCGAUUCUUGGUGAACCCCACUCCCGGGAUGACGAAGGAACAGAUCGCUACGGCCACAGAAACACAGACGAUACUUGGGCCGUUCUUCCGGAUCUCUCCACUUCAACCUGAGGUCACUAAGUCGUACUUCGCCAGCCCACGAACACUUGAUCAAGGACACAAGAAGUCGGCGCAGAGUUCUCUGCAGAUGACACUGAAAGCUCAUCUUGGAGACCUGACUGGAAUCAUCAACCAGUUCAUACGAGCCAAGGGGCCCGAGACGCGGAGUAGAGUCCUGGAAUGGUUCGCAUUCAUCUUCAACACGAACCACAAGCGCCGUGCCCUCCAGGUCAAGGCCAACGAGGUUGCCGCUGAUGGACUUAUGGUUAAUGUCACCGUCGUCCUCGAUAAGCUGUGCGAACCUUUCAUGGAUUCAACAUUUUCCAAGAUGGACAGGAUCGACAUUGACUAUCUCCGACGCAGUCCGCGCGUCGACAUGAGCGAUGAGACCAAGCUAAAUGCAGACCAGGCCACCGCGGAUGCGUACUACGGCACCAAGGUCGAAGGGACUUCCAAUUUCAUCUCAGAAGUCUUCUUCCUGGCGCUUGCGGCGCAUCACUACGGUCUUGGUGCAACGAACGCCAAGCUUAAGACCCUGGACAGAGAAAUCAAGCAUAUCGAAAAGGUUGUGAAGGAGAUGGACGAGCAAAUGGUCAAUCUUCAAGGGGAUCCGUUGCGACGCGCUCUCGCUCAACGGCACCACCAUAAUGCCGUCGAGGCACUUGAAAAGGCUCUGUCUCUGAAAUACUCGAUCGAGGGCGUCGUCUUGGAUGAUGGGUUGCAGACAUCAUCGCUCCAGUUCAUGCGUUAUGUGUCCGUGUGGCUGCUUCGCACAGCCAGUGGCACCAACUACCUGCCUGGCCAGAAAAUGAAGUUGCCUUUGUCGGCGCAGAAGCCAGAGGCCUUCAGCUGCUUACCCGAGUACGCUCUUCAGGACGUUGUCGACAACCUGCGAUUUAUCUUUCAGCACGUCCCGAAGAUUCUUGUUUCAGCUGUCGGUGAUGAGAUCAUCACUCUUUGCAUCACAUUCUUGAGAUCGUCAGAAUACAUCAAGAAUCCCUAUCUCAAAUCAUCCUUGGUCACGCUGCUGUUUUCAGGAACGUGGCCGAUGUACCACCUCAGCCGUGGCAUCCUCGGGGACUCUCUCAUUGGCUCCGAGUUCGCGAACGAGCAUCUCUUACAUACGCUGAUCAAGUUCUACAUCGAAUGCGAACACAGUGGUGUGAGCUCGGCUUUCUACGACAAGUUCAACAUUCGAUAUGAGAUCUUCCAGGUCAUCAAAUGCAUCUGGACGAACGGUAUCUAUAAAGAGCAACUGAGCAAGGAGAGCAGAGUGAACCGGCAGUUCUUUGUGCAGUUUGUCAACUUGCUCUUAAACGACACGACGUAUGCGCUGGAUGAAGCCCUUCGAAAGUUGUACAAGAUCCACGACUACCAGAAACAGCUGAAGGGUGACCUCUCCCCGGAGGAGAGGGAGAAAAUUCUCACAGACUUGGAGCAGGACGAGAACUUUUGUCAGUCGUGGAUGCAGCAAGUCAACGAAACCAUGGCCAUGAUGAAGAUGUUCACUGCAGCGCUUCGCGACGCCUUCACGAUGCCAGAGAUUGUUGUCAGACUGGCCAACAUGUUGGACUACAAUCUCGAGGUUCUUGUUGGUCCUCGCCGAGCCAACCUCAAGGUGGAGGACCCCAAGAAGUACCACUUUGACGCGAAAGCGCUGCUUUCCGACUUCAUUGAUAUCUACCUCAACCUUGGCUCGAAGCCGGCUUUCGUAGAGGCUGUUGCUGCCGACGGACGGUCAUACAAGCCAGAAAACUUCUCCAAGGCUUCACAAAUCCUUAGCGCGAAUCUGCAUGCAGCACCAGAGACGGCUGCAGCGUGGGACGCGCUACGCACCAAGUUCGCAGAGGAGAAGGUCCGCCUCGACCAGGCUGAGCUUGACCUUGGCGACAUUCCCGACGAAUUUGAGGACCCCUUGAUGGGAGACCUGAUGUCGGACCCUGUCAUCCUCCCGUCGCAAAACAUUGUGGACCGCUCGACGAUUGUUCAGCAACUUCUUUCCAAUCCGUUGGAUCCAUUCACGCGCAGUCCCAUGACCAUUGAUGAUGUUGUGCCCGCGGAUGAGUUGCGGGAGCGCAUAAUGGCUUGGAAGGCGGAGAGGAUUGAACAGGCGCGCGCCAAAGCGGCGGAGGCGGCGGGAUCUAUGGACACCAGCGAGGACUGA